UCUGAGGAUAUCAAGCGCCGAACACGAGUUGAGUUCCACUCCCUACCCGAGGAGUCCGCCGCCUCUUCUCGUCGUUAUUCAGCUGUUUCGUGCCGUUCUCUUGAAUUUAGGGUUAGGGUUUUGGGAAGGUUCGCAAAUGGCAAUGGCGUAUGGCGAGCAGCAGCAGGGACCUCCCAUGCGGCAGCCCUCCGCUUCCUCGAGUAAUAUGCCGGCUGACUACCCACAGGUGCACCCUCCGCCUCUAUUCGACGCUCAUGGAGACAAUUUUGCUGCUAAGAGAAUGAGAAAGCUUGUUCAGCGGCGAGCUGUUGAUUAUACCAGCACUGUUGUGAGAUAUAUUCAGGUUCGUACUUGGCAGCGAGAUGCUAGAGACAGGACAUUGCUGCAACCUACUUCUGCUGCGGCUGUAGACAUGUUACCAACUGUUGCUUGUGCUGAUAAUCCGUCCACAAGUUUUGCUGCUAAAUUUGUCCAUGCCUCUACCAACAAGAAUAGAUGUUCUAUCAAUAAAGUCUUGUGGACUCCUACAGGACGGCGUCUUAUUACAGGUUCGCAGAGUGGUGAAUUCACACUUUGGAAUGGGCAAUCUUUUAAUUUUGAAAUGAUCCUUCAGGCUCAUGAUAAUGCAAUUAAAUCAAUGGUGUGGAGCCACAAUGAAAAUUGGAUGGUUACUGGCGAUGAUGGGGGAUCAAUCAAGUAUUGGCAAAACAAUAUGAACAAUGUGAAGUUAAACAAAUCUGCACAUAAAGAAUCAGUUCGUGAUUUAAGUUUUUCUAGAACAGAUUUAAAGUUCUGUUCCUGCUCGGAUGAUACUACUGUGAAGGUUUGGGACUUUGCUAGGUGUCAGGAAGAGAGAUCACUAACCGGCCAUGGUUGGGAUGUCAAGAGUGUUGAUUGGCACCCAACAAAGUCAUUACUCGUAUCAGGUGGAAAAGACAAUCUUGUGAAGCUGUGGGAUGCCAAAACAGGGAAGGAGCUCUGUUCAUUUCAUGGCCAUAAAAAUACUGUGUUGUGCGUCAAGUGGAAUCAGAAUGGAAACUGGGUUCUUACUUCGUCGAAAGAUCAAAUCAUCAAGCUUUAUGACAUUAGAUCCAUGAAAGAACUUGAAUCUUUUCGAGGGCAUCAGAAGGAUGUUACUGCUUUGGCUUGGCAUCCAUUUCAUGAAGAAUAUUUUGUUAGUGGAAGUUUUGAUGGAUCCAUCUUCCAUUGGCUUGUUGGUCAUGAGAAUCCUCAGGUUGAACUGCCUGGGGCACAUGAUAGUUGCGUGUGGGAUCUUUCUUGGCAUCCUAUUGGCUAUUUACUUUGCAGCGGCGGAAAUGAUCAUGCUACGAGGUUUUGGUGUAGAAAUCGUCCUGGUGAUCAAGCCCGCGAUAAAUACAAUGCUUUCCACGCCCAAG